AUGGCUAGCUUGGAAGGGAAGAUACAGGCCUAUGAAGAUGUCCUUAGAAAACUGAGCAGUCGAUUCGGUAUCUCUGAUGAGCAGCUGAUGAGUUUUGCACUGGCAGAAUCAGCUGCUGAAUCGACCGCACAGCCUGAUCCAUACGCCGCUACGCCGGAGGAUAGGAAGUUCUUUUGGGCCUUGGGAUCAGAGCCCUAUCUUUCAGCUACUUCGCUUGUGUCGCAUGUUGCCGCCCACACCGAUGAAGAUUUUAAUCGGGAUCACUUCACACGGGCUACGGGUUUCAUUGGUAAAAGCUCCGAGAUCUCUUGGCUGCAGAUGUUAAGCAAAUAUGUGGACUCUGGGUGCGAGGUAUGUCAUCCAGUUUCUGGUAUAUCUUCACCGGCUUUGACAUCCUACUGUGAUGGGCCGAUAGCUUCGUCAAAUUAUCACCUUGACGACUUCGACAUGCCUACCAUUGAGCGACUCGACACAUUCGAGCUCCCGUCUAAGGACACUGCUACAAAACUUUUCAAUGCGUACUUGAGUUCUGUACAUCCUUCAUUUCCCAUAAUCGGAAUUUCGACAUUUGCAUCACAAUUUCAAGCUUUCUUCAAUAAUCCGUCCCUGAAACCAGGAAACAAGUGGCUUGCCAUAUUGAACCUCAUCUUUGCUAUUGGUGCAAGAUAUGCCCAUUUGACCAAUGCAGAAUGGAGAAGGGAUAGGGAUGAUCACUAUUCAUACUUCAUAAGAGCGAGAAACAUGAGUCUUGAGGGCCAACUGCUGCACCAUUCUGAUCUACAACAGUUACAAGUUGAAGGGUUGGCGUCAUUCUAUAUGUUAUCAUCCGGCCAUAUGAAUCGGUCAUGGAAGCUCUGUGGUAGUGCUGUGCGAAGUGCACUGAGCCUUGGGUUGCAUUUACGCAAUAUAGGGACAUGCACUUCCGACACAUCUAAAGAAAUAAGAUACCGUGUGUGGUGGGCUUUAUACACACUCGAGCAUCGUCUCAGCGUGAUGACAGGCCGACCCUCCUGCAUCAUAGAUGGCGCCUGCACGACCCCUCUCCCUGUCCCUUUCGAUGAGAGCGACUUUCGCAAAGAAUCGGUAAUGCACCUCAUAAGUCGUUCCACACUAGAGGGCCUUAGCCAACCCGGUCUGGCCUUGAGUUCUUCGCCUAAUCCAGACCCCAAGGACACAGGUAAAGGGAUAGAGAGCGCAGAUGCAAACGCCGCUGCACCGUGCAAGUCAUUAUACUUCUUGCAGUUGGUAAAAUUGACUUCAAUUGCGAAAAGGAUGACAAACAAACUCUACAGCCCUGAUGGGGUGGAAAAGCCUUGGUCAAGUAUGGAAUUUGCGAUACGAGGACUCAUGCUUGAUCUUGAUUCCUGGCUUAUAAAUCUGCCCGCUGCUUACGAUUUUACCUCUACACACACUUCGCAAGGCUCGGCAACCCACAGAAUGAGCCUAGCUCUCACAUUUUACAGUACGAAGAUUGGGGUCACAAAGCCGUGCCUUCGCCGUAUAGAGUCAAGUGCACUUGGUGAUAAAUCGGAAGAAUUCUGCAGGAAGGCUGCAGUUGAAUGUGUAGAAUCAGCUUGCCAUUUGUUGAGACUAUUUCCUGAGCCUCUGGAAGCGGCAUUACUUCACAAAUUGUCUCCAUGGUGGUGCAUAUUACAUUUCCUUAUGCAAGCAACUGCCAUCUUGUUGAUUGAGCUUUCUUUCCAUGUCCAACACGUUCCUGAAAAAGCGGCCAUGGUGUCAAAGGCAGUUAAGAAGUCCUACGAUUGGCUGUCAGUUAUGUCUGAGACUAGUAUGGCCUCAGAAAAAGCUCGGAGAAUGUGUGAUGAGUUCCUGCGCCGACUUGGCUUCAAUGGCGGUACUGAGAUCCACAGCUUCCCUUGUAUAGCGGGCCUUACCUCACAGAACUCGCCCGGUGACGAACUUCACGAUCCACGUCACAGAUCCACAAGAGUAGCCACCCCCAAUGGUAUCCCAGGCAGAGAAGGUUCUAUGCCAUUGUCACCGGUAGACCAUUCCAGUGCCGCAUUUGCCCGGCCAUCGUCAGUUGACCUGGAAGUCCCGGAGACACAUGAAUUUGAGCAAGAUGGGAAAAUUUUCGCUGUCCACAAUCUUUAUGACAGCUAUUUACCCUACGACCCUAACACGGGUCAGAUAACCGGUUCAUUUUUCCCUUCCGAAGAUGAUAUUGAUAUCAGACUGGGGCCAUAUAAUUGGGAUGAAACGAUGGGAUGA